AUGGCCACCGCAGGGCUUCCGCAAGUCGAGCAUGCCAUGCUGGCGCGAUGGGUCAACUUCGUGACGAACCACCCGUCCAGUGCAGACGCUGCUUCAGAGGAGGUCAAACAACGCGUAGCCGCCGACUGGCGUACAAAAGCCCUGCCCGUCCGACGCGACCUCGAUCGUAAGCUCGUUCAGCUUCACGAGUUGACGCAGGUCUGGCAAAACGCCUCCAACGCGGCGGGGGAGAUUGUCAAAACCUACGACGAGUGGAAGGGGAAUCGCUUCUACCUACGUCAAGUAUUGGAAGCCCAGAAACGCCACCGUGAGGCGGUUGACAAGAUCGCGGUGUGGGCGGACAGGUUCGUCAAAGCGUAUGUUGCGCGUUUGGGCCUAAGCGCGGAGACGGUGGCGUUGUGCGAGGCGCGGGCGGAAGGUUGGGCCGAGUUUCGCGUAACAUUGGAAACGAGCAUUCAGACUCUGGAGGGGACGGUUGAUGCUCUCGAGGCGAAACCGGGGAAGGUGGCCUGGCCGUUCGACGAGAAGAGAGAGUUCCAGUUGCGCAAGCAGGAGAUCGCGAUGGGGCUGCGGAAGCGGCCCUUGUUGUAUGGCCAAGAUGGUAUGGAGAGGUGGUACCCGGCUCGUAUGCUUCACGCGGGCGGUUUUGGGCAGACGGCGCUGUGGGUGAAGAUCGAUGACCAUGGCCGCAUCGUCGAUCGUAUCGUCAGAAAGGACACCCUUCUCAGCCAGAACGACUGGUGCGAGCGAACCAAAUGGCAUGGGGACAUCGCGGAGAGGGAUACCGCGAUCCCGAUGGAGAAGUACUUGCAGGAUCUGCUACAGCAAUGUCCGGACGCGGACAAUGUGGUCCAAGGAAGGGGUUGCGAGGUCAACUUCCAACGGUCGCUAUAUCGGCUCUACCUGGCUUUCUGUCCCCAUGGUGAUUUGAGCGACGUGAUAGCGAAAAUCCGCCUGCCUGAGCCCUUCCUUUGGCGCAUCUUCCUUGCAAUGGCCGAGACGGGCUUGCUGAUGGAGCAGGGCGGGAUUGAAGAAGGACAGCCGGAUUGGUUGCAGAUGGUGCAUCGAGACCUCAAGCCGGACAACGUCUUGCUUGACCUUGCGCUGGGCGAAGGAGCGCCAUUUCCGAAGUACGGUGUUGCGAAGCUGGCGGACUUCGGCCUCGCCUUCCAGACGUGGCCGGAUGACCCGCUGAACCCGUUGAUGUGGACUGGGUCUGGCACGGACGGGUACCUAGCUCCGGAACAGAUACGGUUCGUUGACUCGGUUACCUUGAGGUCGGUGGACGACGAGGUCAAGCUUCUGGCGUGGACCAAUGUCUGGGGCGUGGGCGCCAUCAUGUGGUCGCUGGUGAAGCAGAAGUUAUGCGAGCAGCCCAACUACUUGCCGCCGGAAGACACGCGGGUAGAUCUAGGACAUAAGUCGAGUUUUGCACCAGCGAGUCUCGAAGAUCUUCGCGGAGUCUACUCGGCGCAGCUGCUGAGAAGUAUUGAACAGUGCUUGGCGUAUCAUCCUCAAGAGCGGCCGACCUUUGCGAGAUUGCGCAAGUACUGUUUGGCUAUUCUGCGUGGCGAGCGGCGUGUUGACGACGUCGAACACGCUGCUGAGAUGACGGUGUAUAUGCAGGAAGGCAUGCAGGGAAGACAUCUGGCCGAUAAAAGGUGGGAUCUCUAUGGCGUAGAAGAUCCCCUUUACCAGCUAGGAGGCGUGUGGUACGCUCCGGAGUCAGAUGAAGAGAUGGACGAUCCAGAGGUUGCUGAGGAGGAUCGGCACGAUACUGGUUGA